AUGGACAAGGACCGCGGAGAGAUUGUAGUCGGGGAUCAGUCUCAAGCACAUCGUUCAUUGGCCUUUCAACAAUAUCAAGAACCGUCCCCGGACAACAGUGCCACCAGUGGACGCGCGCCUCCACAAAAACGCUACGAUUUCGUUGACGGCCAGUGGGUUCAGCUCACUGCUGCAGGCCUUCCGCGCAAAAAGCCGGGCCGGAAACCCGGCACGACUUUGAAGCCCAAGACCGCCGAUAGUCCCGACCAGGCAAAGGCGCGGAAGCAGCGAAAGCCUCGAGAUCCUAGUGUUCCACCGCUUCAGCGCAAGCGUAAGAUCGCUCCUGCCUCGGAAGCUGACGGAGACUCCGACACGUCAAGAACUGCCUUUAAUCACCACAACAUGGACACAACCUCUCUGUCCCAACACCAAAAACGUCAACAUUCAGAGUCCUCACCAAAGAUGGCCAAGAGGGAGGGAUAUCCUGGGUCGAUGCAAAGCAUCUUAAACGCCCAUUCGUCUGCUACAACAUCUCCAUCCGCCAGCACAUCCAUCCCCGUCCGAAGUAGCGGGCUCAGCUACGACCCCAUUCGCGGCAAUUAUGACCCCGUUCGAGAAACCCUCACGUCCAGAAUUUCGAACUCUUACUCGUCUACGUCUGGAUCACCACGCGGCCCAACACAAACGACGAAUCGAUCUCCGUCAAUAGCUAGUUUGAUUGAGCCGCCAGCUCGCCCUGCCACCUCUCCUGGCCUGUCCAAACACGGGCAUGCUGCUGAUUCUGCCCACGGUCGGCUGCAAGCCAAGGACUCUUCAUCGAUACCGCCAUCAACUUCAGUCGUUGGCGCUCGCCAUACCACGUCGGCAAAUUCGGCGAGAGACGGCGUUCCUGCCCCAGCCCAAAAACCAGUUGUAAAUCAUGCAAACUUCACUACAAUAUCCAACGGUCCGAUUCGAAAAGCGUCGCCUAAAAUCAAGCCGGCUCUCGGCGUAUCUACCCCAAGAACAGAUGCCUUGGACGACUUCCAGGACGGCGAGGGCCGAUCCAUCUUGGAUUUCGGAAAGGCUCGCCCCGGGGAGGAACUCCAGGCCCCGACUAUUGUGCUAAGCAUUCCCAUCGAGGCUGGGGAGACCAACAAGUAUGUCAAUUUCAUGCGCUUGGCUGAAGAUAGGUACGGAUGGGAUGCCCUCCAUCCACGCCUGGCUGCCAACCGAGACCGGAAAGCACGUAUCGCCGCCGCCACGGCUUCAUUGGAAAAGACAGAACUUGGCCGCGAGUCUGGUGAUGAGAUGUCGGUGGAUCUCUCCGACGGCGAGGGUAGCAACCCCGAAAAUGGAGUGGCCAGCGGCCCAGAGACACAGUUGAAGCCUAAGAAGAAGAGAAAUUUCAAGGAAGAUCAGUACGAUGUCCAGGACGACUUUGUCGACGAUUCUGAGCUACUAUGGGAAGCCCAAGCAGCGGCCAGCCGAGACGGCUUUUUCGUCUAUUCAGGUCCUCUGGUGCCCGAGAUGGAGAAGCCUUCAAUACCUCAUGAACGACCCAAACGUGGUCGCGGCAGUCGGGGAGGCCGCGGCAGUCGAGGCUCGACAAGGGGCGGCGGCACUGGCACUGGCACUGGCACUGGCGCUGGCGCCGGCGCCGGCUCAGGUGCAGGCACAGGCACAGGCGCAGGCGCAGGCACAGGUACAGGCACAAGCCGUGGCGGUGGCCCAGGAUCUCGCGGGGGCUCAAUUGCCCGGAAGCCUCGAAUUACGAAAGCGGAGAGAUUGCAACGCGAGCGCGAAAAGGCAGAGCGUGAAAGCAUGGCCCAGGUUUCAAAGACGCCCGCGAAUGGAUACGUGCUUCAGCCUCUAACGCCGGCGCAUCCCGUCAGCGAGCUGGGAGCUUAG